GGCUUGGUCUCCACUUUGUCAAGCUCUUGUAUUGUCACUCUUGAUACUUGCUCCAUCCUACAUAUUGUCUGUCUCAGUGUUGCACGACAUGGGCAAUAUCACACAUCUGCCUUGGCGUAUGCCAUACAGUCAUGCCUCUAGUUGCGAAACCAGACGAUCCCUCGUCUACAUGGGAAUUAUGUUUGAUAACCUAUACAAAUCAACCUCUUCCAUCCUCCAGCUGAGCCAGUGGCCCGCUUCUACUUGAUCGUGUCAAACUCCGUUACACAACAUCAACUGGAAAGAUUCCCCAGACUGCAGGCUGAUAGCCAAUAUGGCAUCUCAAUUCGAUCCGUUCACUCAGAAUGUCACCAUGCGUACUGCCGACGGGACCCCCUUCGAGGUGAACGUGCAGGCCAUCGACGACUUAUUGCAGUAUUGCAUCCGGAUCUGCAUCAACUAUAGCGCUCAGCUUGGAGCUUCCAUCGUUUUGUUCGUCAUCCUUCUACUCCUGACCAGACCUGAGAAGCGUCGUUCCAGCGUGUUUGUUCUCAACUCUUCGGCCCUGCUGUCCAAUAUUGCUCGCCUCAUCUGCCAGAUCCUGUACUUCACUUCCGCCUUUGUGCGGGUCUAUCCCUCUUUCGCCGGAGACUUCUCUCGAGUGCCCACUUCCGCAUAUGCCAACUCAAUCAUCGCAGUGGUCUUCUACACUCUUCUUGUGAUAUGCAUCGAGGCUUCGCUAGUCCUGCAGGUUCAGGUUAUCUGCGCAAACUUCGGUCGUGUGUACCGCCACAUUCUCCUGACAUUCUCCAUCGUGGUGGCCCUAAUCCCAAUCGGAUUCCGCAUGGCUCUGAUGGUCGAGAAUGCCAUAUCCAUUAUGAACGCCGAAAGCAAUAAACUUCUGAUUUGGCUUUCAAGCACCGAAAACAUCGUCUUCACAAUCAGCAUCUGCUUCUUCUGCGCCGUUUUCGUUACAAAGCUGGGCUUCGCCAUCCGUCAGCGACGCAGACUCGGCGUGCGAGACUUUGGUCCUAUGAAGGUAAUCUUCGUGAUGGGCUGCCAGACUCUCGUCAUUCCAGCCUUCUUCUCAAUCCUCCACUACAUCGUCACCGUCCCAGAGCUAUUCUCCAACGUCGCCACACUCGUCACCAUUUCCCUCCCCCUCUCCUCCAUCUGGGCCGGCGUCUCCCUAACCAACACAAGCUCCUCUGCCUCUGGCUCCGGAACUGGCACCGGCUCCGACUCCUCCCGUCGUAACCUCUGGAACAAGCUCUCCUUUCCCACAUGGGAAAGCAGAAACACCACCACCUUGUCGUCCACGCAGACCAUGAAACAAGUUGCAACCUGCUACACCGAUAACACUCCCUUCAGGCAGCAGCAGCACAAUGUCGAGGAACUGGGUAUUUCUGUUGAGCAUGACAUCUCCGUGCAGAGCUUUAAGAGAGAGAGGGAUAUGGUUUGACCUGUAGUGCAUAAUUCUGUGAUGUGGUCCGAUAGGCCAGUCAAAAUUUGACCGGCACUAAUGGGUGUCAGCUUUAUCAUGUUCUGGUGGUUCAACUGACUCAAAGGGGCCUUUUGUAUCCGCUUAUCACUUGCAUCUUUUCUUUCUUUUGUGAGUGGGUUGUCGAGAUGCGGCCUGCAUCAGUUCUUUUUCGUUUGUU